CGAGCAGACCAACCCUUUGGCCACCCAUUCCUCCUAAAGCACGCAGAUCACUCUUUUCUGUGUGCCCAUUAUAAAGGCACGUCCCAUUCCUUUUAACCACCUAUCCUUUCUUUACUCAUCAGCACCACCAGUACUGGUUCCAACUUCUCUCACUUCCAGUUCUUUUGUUUAGUGCUCAGGAAAUGGAGGAUGUGAAGAACAGGCAGCAGGUUCCGGCUUUUGGGAGCUGGAAUUUCUGCGACGAGGUCCCGAUCACGGAGUGCUUCGAGACGGCAAUGGGCGCUGGUUUGAUCCGAGCCCACUUCUUCGUAGGAGAUGGUGAGGAUCUCUUCAAGGUGGUGCCACCACAGCAGCAGCGAAAGAGGAAGAAGGGAGGAGGGGUGAGAGGAGGGGUGAAGCAGUAUGACAAGGAGUGGAAGAAGCCCAAGCCGGUGGACGAGGACUUGUACAAGAUACCCCCAGAGCUCCUGUACAAAAUGCCAAAGAAGAAGAAGCUGCUGUGGAAUUUGUGGGCCGGGUGUCUAGGCCUCAACUGCAUCGCUUAAGUGGGCUUGGGCUACCAAAAUCACAGUGUUGUUCUAUGUUUUGGUGGUGCAUGUUGUUCCUAGUUUUUUCUCCUCAUCUCUUUUUGCCUCCGAGUGAUAUAUAUAACAAGAUAGUGUUCUUUUAAUCAUGAAAUGGAAGAAGCCCUUGAUUCCGCUGGCUCUUGGUAAUA